ACGUCAAAGCCAUCUAGUUUGUGCCAAGUGUCUUCCAUGCCACGUCAGAAUCACGUCAAAUUACCGGGGCAAAGUACAAAGCCCAAGAACAGAGAAACCACAAGAUAAAGUCCAUGAACAAAGUACGAAGCCUAAGAACAGAGGAAGCCCAAUACAUGUAAAAGAGCACAAGCGAAGCCCAUAUGAAGAAAGAACAACAAAGAGAGGGGUUGGCAACAGCAAGGAGAGCUGGCCUUCAUAGCUCGAGACUGACGACCGAGAGCGGCGGAGUACGAUCCCUCAGGAUGGAGGAGAAGGAAAGUAGCAGGGCCUUCAGCCACUGGUGGUGGGCUCUGGCCAGCGGUGCCCAGUUGGGUUGGGGCGUUUUGUCGUACAGAAGAGGCUGCGCCGGGGCAUCACGCCUCAUGCCCUUAAAAGCCUUCGCCGUUGCCUCCCUCUUCGUCGGCGCCGGUGCCUCCGCCUCCGUAUCCGUGCUACAUGCCUCCGGCAUCUACAAGGUCGGCUUCUCUUUCUUCCUCUCUCUAUAUCUCUACAAAAUGGAAGCAUUUUGGUCCUUUCAAGUAGAAAGUCAGGGGUGCCUCAGUGACUUAAAUUUCUGUUCUUUGAAGGACAAAGCAUAAA